AUGACCUCAUGGUGUCAUUUUACAGGUGGGAGCAUACAUGCUAGAACUAAGGGUGCACAGCCCACCACUGAAAUGCAGCCACCUCUGGGGUGAACGGCAGCAGCUGGCCCAUAGUGCUACACAUUUCAGCUUGGAACACUGUGGCAGACUCCUAUCCCCCUUUAUGAAAAGAGCUAUGGGAUCAAUAGGUCCUGGCUUUUAGCCAAGUCUUUACAUGGUUUCCCAUAUUUUGGGAGCGCUUGACUUAAUUGCAGGGAGCCGAGGGGCACUGAUCAUUUUGUCUUUAUCCGACACAAGGGUGAGUUCCCUCAGAGAAUGUACUGUAGGAACUCGUUAAAAGCCACAUCAUCUACUAGUGUUACAGGAGUGCUCUGUACAAGAGAGAUGUCUGUAUGUAUGCAAAUAAUUACUAGAGAACAUGCCAGUAGGUAGCACGCAAGAUUAUGUAGCAUCAUUUCUGGGUGUUAUAGGGCUAACCAACUUCUUUUUGUUGUGCAUCAUAUUCUGCAGUUCUUUACAGGCUGCUCUUAACUCCAGCAGGGCUCCUGCCAAGGAUCAGUGAAUUAAAAGUAUAAUUAGUCAAACAGAACAUGUGCCUCAAGCAAUGACUUUAGAUACUCAGAAUCUUGUGAUUCUGUGAUCACCAGUUCAAUUGCAAAACCUGCCCUUGAAAAUUUAGGAGAUUGAGCAAAAUUCCUGCAUGUGGCGAAAUCCUUUAACUGCACAGACUGGCGGCAUGCACUCCUCUCAGUUCAACACAGCUGUCCUGCAUGGGUGUGGUCAGGUAUAAAGAGAAAGAUUGAGCCCAGGUCAAUGCUGAGCAUCAAUCUACAGCCAGACGCACAACCCAGGUCUACAGAGCCCAGCCCAGACCAUCUGCAGCCACCAUGGGCCGGGCGUUCGUUUGGGUUGGUUUAGCUGUCCUGCUGUUUCUCCAAUGCAGCUCUGCUUGCAAACUGGUCUGUUACUUUACCAACUGGUCCCAGUACAGACCAGCCCAGGGGAGCUUCCUUCCUGAGGACAUUGACCCCAACCUAUGCACUCAUCUCAUUUAUGCCUUUGCUGGCAUGGACGACAACCGGAUCACCACUGUGGAGUGGAACGAUGAGCAGCAUUACAAGACUUUCAACGGACUCAAAAGCAAGAAUCCUGGGCUGAAGACCCUCUUGGCCAUUGGUGGUUGGAAUUUUGGCUCUGAAAAGUUCUCCAGCAUGGUGUCCACGCCUGGUAAUCGGCGGACAUUCAUCCUCUCUGUGGUUGAGUUCCUGCGCAAGUAUGAAUUUGAUGGUCUGGACCUAGACUGGGAAUAUCCAGGUGCAAGGGGAAGCCCACCUGAGGAUAAACAGCGUUUCACUGCUCUGGUCCAGGAAAUGGCUGAAGAAUUCAAGGAGGAAGCCAAGAGGACAGGGAAAGAGCGGCUGCUGUUGACUGCUGCUGUGGCAGCUGGGAAGGAAAACAUCGAUGGAGCCUAUGAAGUCGAGAACAUCUCAAAGGCCUUAGACUUCAUUAACCUCAUGACGUAUGACUUCCACGGUUCCUGGGAAAAGAUCACAGGACACGUCAGUCCUCUCUACAAAGGGAAAACCGACACUGGAUCUGCUGUGUACAGUAACACUGACUAUGCUGUGACGUACUGGAGGAACAAGGGUGCUCCAGCUGAGAAGAUCAUCAUGGGAAUCCCCAUCUAUGGACGGUCUUUCACCCUCUCUUCCUCCGAGACAGAGGUUGGUGCCCCUGCCUUUGGGCCUGGAUCACUCGGCCCUUUCACUCGAGAGGCAGGAUUCUGGGCCUAUUACGAGAUUUGUACUUUCCAGAAAGGUGGCACCACCAAAAGGAUCGAGGAACAGAAAGUCCCGUAUUCCUUCAAGGAGAACCAGUGGGUGGGGUAUGACGACCAGCAGAGCAUUAAAACCAAAGUUCAGUAUCUGAAGAAGAAAAGUCUGGGAGGGGCCAUGGUCUGGGCCAUUGAUCUGGAUGAUUUCAGCGACUCAUUCUGCGGCCAGGGGAAGUACCCUCUUCUGCAAACUCUGAAGAAAGAGCUGAGAUGCGGGCUGGUUCAGACGACGCCUGUUCCAGAAACCACCAUCAGCACCACUACAUCACCGCCAACUGUUUCAUCCUCAACCCUCAGCUUCACUACACUACCAUCCAUCCCUGCGACAAGUACCAACUCCACGACCAGCAGGUUUUGCCUCCAUAAGGCCAAUGGGAUCUACCCGGUCCCCGAGGCCCACGCCAUGUUCUACAUAUGUGCCAACAGGCGCACCUUCCGAAUGUCCUGCCCGGAAGGGUUGAUUUUCGACUACUUAUGCAAAUGUUGCAACUGGCCUUAAAAGCAAAGAGCCUCAAAUCACCUUCAAGGAGAAUGAAAUAAGAGAUUGAUUCGUAUCAGCUCAGAUAGUUUAGUUUCCUCUGCCAUCAAAUCCGAGCUUAGGAGAUGGUCUAUAUUGCAAGUGUCUCCAGCAACCUUCUUCUCUGUCCUGGGUGAGUUACUUUCAGGGGCAACAACCCAUCGCAGUAAUACAGGUCAGAGUUAGGGAGGAGAGUGAGCGGAAGCAGAAUAUUGGCACUGACAAGCAGGGCUGAUGGAUUUUCAAACUGUCGUGCAUUUAUUUCUUCAUUUUGCAUUGGUCUCUUUUAGAGUCUGGCUUCAUCCUCUGUCCUUAUUUCAUGUUUGUUUGCUCCAAGAAAAUAAAGCUUUCAUU